CUGAUCUGUCGGUCAAGAAAGGUCCGAUGCGACGUGUCAGUCCAUGGCCAGCCAUGCACGAAUUGCUCUUUGGACGAUAAGGAAUGUCAAUUAUCUCAAGCCCCAGCUGGUUGGAGUCAGAAGGCUUCUGCAAGACGAGCACUACGAAAUACAAGUAAUGCGGCCAACAUCCGAAACAGCGAAAUCGCACCAACCGUGACUGAACAGCUCAGUCUGGAUAGUCAGAUAUCGCUACCGCAGCUCACCAGCCCAAGCUUCCCGUUACAAACAGUGGGCGCUGGUGAACCAUGGCAAAAUUGGCACAUGGACUCUCUGGACUUUGCCUCCAUACCCGAGCCUGCGGCUUACGAUAGCUGGGGUUCCUCCAUGCCCACUGAUAAGCAGCCGCGCUUGAAUCCUAUUGGAAAUAUUUUUCAACAAGGUACAGGAUCACCGAGUGACACAGGUAGCACAAAGGAUGGGGUCGUUCUGUACUCCUACUUCCAGUUUCUGACAGUUGGGAACCUUCAUGCAAUUCCUUACCAAGAUGUCAGUUAUCUAGAAGCCCAGGGGUGUUUGCAUGUACCGAAUCCUCUGAUCUUGGAUGUUUUUAUGAGAGCCUACUUUACAUACGCCCAUGUAUUCAAACCUCUGGUUGACGAGGGAGAGUUCUGGGAAAUGUGCUCUCUAGCCACAAACGACUCGCCAAGAACCACGUUGUCGCUUCUCGUCCUUCGCGCCAUGCUGUUCGCUAGUAGUACAUUUGUCCCUCUCCCUGUCCUGUGCCAACUUGGAUACCACGACAUAUGUUCCGCAAGGGCUGAUCUAUAUCGAAAAGCAAAGCUUCUAUUUGACAUGGAAGCUGAGACAGCCCAUCUGCCACUUGCUCAGGCUGCAUUAAUGCUUAUGAAUUGGGUGCCUGAAUCACCUGCGACAACUUCACCUGUGCCAUACAGAACAUGGCUAAGCCUGGCAAUCCAUCAUGCCAAGCUCGUCAACGCCCACCGUCACGCAGGAAUAUGUGACGUUGGAACAACGGCAAAUGAACCACGGUCAAGAACGCUUCGAAGACUUUGGUGGUGCUGCAUUAUCUGUGACAGACUAUCGUCUCUCACCUGUCGCUUCCGUCUUCAGAUCACGCCUGAUAUGCUUGACAUGGAGAACUGUGUGCCGCUGGGUUUCGCCGAUUUACAGAGCGAGAUACAUCGAUCAAACGUUUUCUCGCCUGCGACCAAGCGCCAACUUAUAUCUCUGUUCUCCAAGUACCUGGGCCUAUUAAUGUUACUGACAGAGCUUAUUCCAGUUGCGUAUCCUUUCGAGACACGGCUGGAGUCAAGUCCAGACUUCUCGGUGCAGGAAGAAGAGAAUAUCAGAAAGUCCUGUGAUCUUCUUGGCGAGUGGUACGAUACAGCCAAGGCUGAGUUUCCUCCGUUCCAUCAACUCAAGGCGGCCGAGGAGAGUGACUCUGUCAACUCCGUCGCAGUACAUACAAAUCUAAUGUAUAUCUACUACCAGUAUGUUCUGGAACCCCCUGUCGCUAUGGAGUAUGGUCUGAUAACAUCUAGCACUUCUUGUAUUGCUCUUUGUAACCGCAGAGUCUUUACACAGAUUUCAGGAACUGGGAGUUCCGACUUUAAUCGUGUUAAUUAUGAAGAUGGCGACAGAAGUAACGAGAUUCGUGGAGAUAUUGAAGACUCUGUUCUGGGUGUGUCUAAAUGCAUAGGCUCAUUGACAGGGUCUCACUUGACAAAGUAUCUUCCCAUCACAGUAAUGGGCUGCCUUGCAAUUCCCCUUGCAUUGCACCAUAUUAAUACAGGCUUAACCUAUGAAGACGAGGUAGUCCCAAGCCAUCUCAAAGGAUGGCCGCUUUUCGGUCUUGAUCCUAUGCACAAACACCUCCAAGUCGUGGUAGACGCAGCGGACACUUUCUCAACUCAAUACUAUGGCUCCCAGUGGGUCAAGGAAGCAGCAGAGCACGUCGCCAAGCUGGCCAAGUCGUUCAAUAAGCUUUCAUUGCAGUCGGGUCAAGAGGCUAUGAAAGACUGGGUCGAUAUCCUUGUGAGAUAUCCAGAGACAUAUUUGGGUCUUGUGUGGACUGUAGACAUGUGCGUUAGUCGCAGGAAGCUACCUGAAGCUGAAGACUUUCCUUUGUGCCUCCGCAACGAUGUGGAGAGGCUGAAUGCAGCCCCUCGGAAAACGGAGCAUGAGAUCCUAGACUCUCGGUCUUUAGAUGGGCAGAAGGACCUUCAGCUCACACAGUCACUAGAUUAUCUUUUGGGUAUCCAAGAGCCCAUGGUAGAUGUCAUAUAAGACAGUAUCAUAUAGUAAUCAAAG